AUGAAUGAUCUCGAAAUAUUAGAGUUAAAAGGAAAAAUAAUUUUAACAUAUAACGGUGAUUUAGAUACCUCUUGCAUAUUGUUGUGAUUGAAAGAAAAGGGAUUAAGUUUGAUUAUUUAGGCAAACAUCGGGCAAAAGGAAGACUUCGAUGCAAUUAGAGACAAGGUGCUCAAAAUUGGUUACCGCCAAGACGAUAUUAAAGAAGUGUUCACAACUUCUUAUGUACGACCUGCCGAGGCUUGUGGUUAAUUAUUAUAUGAAGGAUGAUAUCUUCUAGAUCUACUAGCACGACCAUAUAUCAGACAAAGUUUAAUAAAAGCCGUAAAGGCUGAGGAUUCCAGUAUCAUCGCGCAUUCCAGUGGAAAAUGGAAUGAUCAAGUUCGCUUUGAAUUGAACUGCUAUAAUUUAUAUCCUAAAAUUACGAAUGGUAUCCCAAUCUUUGCAACGGCAAAGGAAUUAUGGAGCACUGAUGCUAAACUACACAUUAGUAACACGAGUAUGUUCUCUUAUGAAUUAAGAAUAUUAGAGGAUCCUGCCGUUCCAGCGCCGAAAAGAUUCUACAAAAUGAUCAUUGAUCCGAUCUAUUCUAUCUUGGAAGAAGAAAUUGAAAUUAGCUUUAAGAAAGGAUACCUGAUUAAUCUCGCAAUAAUUGAAUAUCUCAAUGAGAAGCGCGCAUAUGGUAUUGGACGGAUAAACAUUGUGGAAAAUCGACAUAUUAGACUAAAGUCUCGAGACAUUUACAAGUCGCCAGGUGUUAACAUUUUGAAGUAGCAUUGAGAUUUGGAAGUAUUUACUUUGAAUCGGGAGAGUCAAAUCCUAUUUGACAGAUAA